CCAUAAUGGGACUCUUUAAAACUGCAGCGCUACAUUUUAAACCAUUCUAGUCGCUGCAUAUUGGACUUGGGAGUACGCUGUAACCUGUUGUGUGCGCUGCCGCUGCUACGUUUUCAAGGUUUCUUCACCAUUUUUCUGGAAUUACAUUCACUUUGAGCCCGAACCUCGAGAAAACAUGCUGAUUCUUCUCUGUGGAAUCGUCUUUCUGCAUGUCGCGGUUCUAGCGCUGCUCUUCGUGUCAACCAUUGUCAGUGCUUGGACAGUAAGCACCACGAGUAGCUCAGACCUUUGGUAUAACUGCUCAACUAAUGGAGCAUACAACUGCCAGCCCGGGAGCACCGGAGUGUGGAUUCAAGCGGUCCAGGCGGUCAUGAUCCUGUCAAUCAUCUUCAGCUUUCUGUCGCUCAUCCUGUUUUUCUGCCAGCUCUUCACACUGCAAAAGGGUGGCCGCUUCUUCCUCACUGGAGCCUUCCAGAUCUUUGCCAGUCUUUUUGUAAUGAGCGGGGCAAUCAUCUAUACAGUGAUGAGUCCUGAGUGGGUGCCCCCGAGCGAGUCCUUCGGUUUUGCCUACAUCCUGGCUUGGGUGGCAUUUCCUCUGGCGCUCAUCAGCGGGCUAAUCUAUGUCAUCUUGAGGAAACGGGAAUGAAGUGGCGCCCCCUACCUGCUAGCGUCUGAAGUCUAAGCUCUGAAGCUAAACUCCCACACUGCAUCCACAGACAAGUUUAAAGCGCCGAUAUCUACCCCGCCAGGGUCUUUUACAAAGUCACCUCCUUGAAAAGACAUAUAACAACAAAUACUGUCAUAAUUUGAAGAUGUAUAUAGUACCUAUGGUUUAAAACCUAUUUAUAACACUUUUUACAUAUAUGUACAUAGUAUUGUUGUGUUUGUUGACAAAGAAUCUCUUAAGAGCUUGUUUUUUUGUUUUUAGCUAAUUAAGUGCCUAAUGAGUGGGUUUGUCAGAGGUAAGUACAUCAUAGACCAUACUGUGUGUAAAUGUUGCUUUACUUAUACUGCCAAAAAGUAGCUAUAAAAACGUUUUUGAAGUAUUUUAACCACAAAGCAUGUAUUAAGAAUCGUAAAAAGAACACGUGUUCUGAAUGGAGCAGCUUUAGCAAAGUAGCGUGAAGAUAAUGAGCUCUUACAGACUUACACUUGGGUAAACAAAGCGGUCGGCUGUUUUCUGCGUCUAAAUAUUAAAAAUAGUUUUGUUUUGUUUUUUUUCCUUUUAUAUUUGUUUUUAUUCAACAAAAUGGUGCUAUGUAUUUACCAUUCCUUUAGCCGUUUAGCCUUGAAAUGAUGGCCUGGAAGUGGAAGCGACAGUUCUGGACGUGUCUGCUUGCUUCUGUACAUACAAUACUUACCAAAAAAAGUCUCCUUUUAUAAUAAAAAUGUGUUUUAAAUAAGAGACGACUUGGUUGUUAGCUUAAUAAUCGGUUUUGAAGGACACUAAAUUGUCAUAAGUUUUGAUGGCAAAUCUCAGUAAUAGUAAUUAAUAGUAGACAAUAUUUUAGCAGGAGUUUUGAGGCUAAUUUAUUUACAGUGGUAGGAUUUCUAGCACAUGAUGCGUUUGGUCAGUUUACUCUGUGGUGGUUGUAUGGUCAAUAAGUGGGCACUGUGAGAGCUGAUUGGAAUCUUAUCGCUCAUGUACUGUACCAGUCAGGCGGGCAUUACGUUGUCAAAUACCACCAGGAUGGCAUCAACUGGCCUCUAUAGUCACAUGGAUGCACACGGGAUAGUCUAGACUACAUUAAUCUGGGUUGUGUGUUUUAUUGCGAUUUAUAGCAACUACUAUACAAACUAUCUGAGUUUAGCGGCAGUGGCGGUGUCUGUGGAUUAAAAACAGGAUGCAAAUGCGGAUUACAGAUUAUAUGUUGGUGGAAGUCCAAAAAAAUCCACAAGUUUUGCAUUUGUUGCAAAAUUCUGUUAAUACUUGAAAUGUGAUGUGCUAACAACUUUUUCUAUCCUAAAAUGCAUUGUAUCCACCUUGGAAGAUUAUCACAGUGUUUUAUUGGACAUCAUAUGGUCGUUUAAAGCUACACUAGGUGUGAUUAGGUGGGAAGUUGUGAAUACAAAGGUCAUUAUCAGUGUAGACUAUGUGUCAAGGACCAUGGAAGCGAAAAUGUUUGUUGGAUCAACAACAAUAUGCACUGAAACCAACAGCAAAUGACCAUUAACAGAAUAUGCUGCCUGAUCUCACGGUUCUCGUGCAUGUCUUAAACAAUAUUCUAAUCAAGAUAAAUUAUGGUUGUAAAUGCAUGAAUGAAGACCAGAUAUUUGUCAUUCAAGAAUUUGAAGAAAUGUUGUUUGAUCUAAUCAGGUUGUUUAGUAAACAAGAACAGAAUAUUCAAAUAUCGGCUACCUGGUCUUCUUUCAUGUGCAUUUGUUCAGUGUUAUUUCACAUUGGUUAUCUGUAUUGAUUAAAAAAAUAAAGUUUUUAAAUCAAUUUGACCUCCACACUUAACAGAUUUUCAAAAUCAGUAAAUUUAAAGACAACAAGAUGACAAAUAAUAAAAAAAUACCUAACAUUGUAAGCUUGCGCAGUAAGUUAUUCUUACUUCUUGGUGCUUCUUCCUGGAAAGCCCACAGGAAGGUGUUUACGUGGUUAGAGGGGGAACGAAGAGCUCUUAUGAUGGCCAGUUUAGAAAAUGUCUCUGUGUAACUCUGAGGAGCUGUUCAAAUAAAUGCCACUGCUUGUGUCUUUAUUAAAAUCUAUUAAAGAAUU